GGCGCAGCGAGCCUCGUCUGUAUCCCUCAUCUGUAUCCAUCAGUGGGAGUCGAAGGGUCCAUUGGGCAUAUCACCCACUCUGAUUGCUUGUACCAAAACUAUCCCUUCGGCUACCCAUCUCUCUAACUACUUCGACUGUUGCCAUGUUUGGGGGCGCCGCGACGAAUCCAUACGAUGAGACCGUCACCAACGCAACGGCCGAGACGCUGACCUCAGAGCCCUGGGACCUCAUCCUCUCGCUCUGCGACACCGUCUCCUCCGCAUCCCCGCCCUCGACCGGCGCGCAGCUCGUCAUCGCCUCCCUCCUCAAGCGCCUGACGCACCGGAACCCCAACGUGCAGCUCUACACGCUCGCGCUCGCCGAGGCGCUCCAGAAGAACUGCGGGAUUGAGGUCUGGCGCGAGCUUGCCGGGCGGGCGUGGACGGCUGGGCUCGAGCGCGUCGUCACUGAUCGGAAUACACACGAGAAGGUCCGCACCCGCGCGCUGCAGCUCGUCGCACAGUGGGCAGAAGAGUUCGCGCACGACAGCACGCUGGGAAUCAUGCAGGAAUGCUACGAGAAUCUCAAAGCGAAGAAUUACCGGUAUGUGGAGCCCGAGACGGCGCCGCCUCCUGCGGUCGACGACGCCGUGCGGCGGCGCGAGGAGGAGGAGCUCCAGCGGGUGCUCGAGCUGAGCAUGAACGACCGCGGCGGCCGGCAGUGGGGCAGCAGCAGCAAUGCGAACACAAGCAACAACACGAACACGGGUGCAGGCGCCAGCGGAAGCGGGGCAUCGUCGAGUGCCGUCAACGGCUACGGUUCUAGCCCAGGGCCAGGGUCGGGAUACUCGGCUGCAGCUGGAUAUUCGGCGGCUGCGGCGGCGACGGGGUAUUCCGCAGCUUCGGCGUCAAAUUCUACCCGCUCCAUCAGCCCAACUGCUACUGCCAUAGGUGCGCCAGCGGCCGCCUCGACAGCGACGACAGCGACCGCGACGACGGCAACGGCCACGCCAACGGCGACGUCGACGACUCCCUCGCUCACUGACCCGAGCAGCAUUGUCACGCGCGUCCGGGCGCUGCACCCGUUCGCGCCCACGGAGCCGGGGGAGCUGCCGUUCGAAAAGGGCGACAUCAUCAAGGUCGUGGAUCGGGGCUACCGUGAUUGGUGGCGCGGACAGCUCAAGGGCCGCACGGGCAUCUUCCCCGUUAAUUACGUCGAAGCGCUACCCGAACCGACGCCCUCCGAGCUGGCGUCAGAAGCUGCAGCCGAAGCCAGCGUGUUUGCGCAGGCGGUGAAUGUGGAGAAACUGCUGAACAUGCUCAGGGCCCUGGAUCCGAGCAAGGGCGACAAUCUGGCGGACGACGAGGAGCUGCAGGAGCUGUAUCGGAGCUGUAUGGCGCUGCGGCCGAAGAUUGUCAAGUUGAUUGACAAGUACAGCCAGAAACGGGCGGACCUUGUUUCGAUGAACGAGACGUUUGUGCGCGCACGGACGAUCUUUGAUCGGAUGAUGGAAGAUAGCCUCGCGCGGCAUUCUGGCUUCGCGGGUGCUCCUUCUCCGUACGCUCAGCAGCAGCAGCCACAACAACAACAACCCUAUGGAUACUUUCCACAGGCUGGGACGCCGGGACCGUAUCAACAGCAGCCACAGCAGCAGCAGCAGCAACAGUCGUAUCCGUCGCCCCAGCCGCAGGGAUAUCCUCAAGCGGCGCAAGGAUAUCCGUCGCAGAUGUAUGCUAGCCAGCAGCCAUCGCCGUAUGCCGGACAAGGCCAGGCGGCGACGCCUGUGCAGCCUCAAGUGUCGGCAUAUCCGGUGCAGAAGCAGCCGCAGACUCAGCCGCAGACUCAGCCGUCGGGAUAUCCCGCCCAGCAACAACAGCAGUCGCAGCAUCAGCCUCAGACACCCGUUUACCAGAGCCAGCCGCAGCAGCAGCAGCAGCCGGUGAUGACGCCUGCCGCUCAGGCCCAAUCGCCCACCUCGUCGUCUGCGUAUCCUGCUCAAGCCCAGUUGCAAUCCCAAGCACAGCCAUCGACGUAUCCUGCUGCUCAGCCUCAGCCUCAGCCUCAGCCACAACAGACCCAGCCACAGCCGCAGCCCCAGGCUCAACCGCAAACAAUAUCUCCGUACACUGCACAGGGUGUUUUGGCGUCGGUGUAUCCUGAGCAGCCGGUGCAAUCUCAGCCUCAGCCUCAGUCUCAGCCUCAGCCUCAAGAAACUCAGCAGCAGCAGCAGCAAUCGGUCCAAGCACUUGCACAGUCGCAACAGUCUCAGCCUCAGGCCCAGCCACAGCAAACGCAGCAGGCCCAGCCACAGCAGACACAGACUCAGGUGCAGCCCCAGCAAGCGCAAGCUGGCCCGCCGUAUGUGUACGACCCGAGCACGACCUAUGCGGACCCGAAUGUGCAAGCAUGGGCGCAAUACUAUGCUGCUGGUGGGAAAGAUCUGGCGGGGAGCGUGUAUUUCGUGAGCGUGCCGGGAGUGACUGGCCCGGAGACGGCACCACCGGUGCAGCCCCUCCAGGUUCAGGCUCAGAACCAAACCCAGGCUCAAGCUCAAGCCCAGCCCCAGGCGCAGCAGCAAGUUCAAGAAGCUCAAUCCGCCCAAAUGUAUGCCCAACCGCAGGCACAAGCUGAGCCCCACCCUCAGCCGCAACGCCAAAUGAGUGCCCCCAAGCUCGAACCCGAGCCCGCCGAGGACCCCAUUCCAUACCUCCCGGACCCGUACGCGUCGUUCCCCGCCCAGGACCAAGUCCAAGCCCAAGCCCGGCCUGUGUCCUACGCCGCAGCCCAGCCGCAACCAGCGAGCGAGCUUGCGCACGCGCUGGGCAAGUACCAGGGCUACAGCCUGAGUGAUCCAGGAUUUAUCGGCAGCGGCAGCGGCAGUGGCGAAUCCUCCUCUGCCGCUGCCGGUGGGUCGGGCUCGGCGAUGAACUCUCCGGUGUUUGCACAGCCCACUUCGCCGCCCACGACUACACUGUCCCCCGAACCGACCCUGACACCGGCUCCGGCGGCGGCGGGACCCAGCACGCCGUCGUGGGUCCUCCCGAAAAAAUCGGCGCAGAGUCUCGGUGGGCCGAAGGGCGGGGUGGCAGGGUUGGCUGGGUCGUUCGAUGGGAUGCAGGUCUGAUGAGGGGCACAGCACAAGGGACGGAUUUCGCAGAUUGUUCAUAUUCCAUCAUUACGGUGCAGAGUGGACCGCUUACCUACUGACAAGCUUGCCAACUAUCUAAUAUUCAUUCUCAUUUUGAGCUCGAGUAUUAUUUGAGGGAUGUAGUGUUGGCAUUCAGCGGAAGUACGGGUAGAUUCGAUUCCGGGUUCUAACGGAAGAGAAAAAAAGAAUGGCAUCAACGUGGAUUGAACACGUG